AUGUCAACAAUACUUUCAUCGUCUUCUCCACAGACAUUUUAUCGAACUUUAUUGCGUUUAACAGAACGAAAAAAGAAGCAAAAAGCAGAAGGCUUAACAAAUAAUCAGUCAAAUAGCGAUGAGACUGUUAGUGAAUACAGUAGCAGUGCUAAUAUUAACAGUAAUCUAUCACAACAACAGCAACAGCAAGGAGUAAUGGAGGAAACACAAGGAGCUUGCGAGGCGACGCAGCCCAAAAGUAACGUUGUGCAUCGCGGAAUGGACAAAAUCCGGCGUUCCGUUCGGGAAUCAUUUCGUCGACGAAUGUCAAGACAACACAUUGCAGGUGGAACUUCAUCUACGAGGCAUUCUCCAACCAGAACAACAGAUUGCGCAAAGUCGGGUAAGGCAGAAUUAUGGCAACCUGAUGAAGCGACUGUUCGAAAUGGUACUUGCAGUUUUCAUGUCAAGUAUCUUGGUGGUAUAGAAGUGUUUGAAUCACGCGGGAUGCAAAUUUGUGAAGGCGCAUUGAAGCUUUUGAAGGGACAACGGCGACGACCAAUUAAAGCGAUUUUAUAUGUUUCGGGUGAUGGUUUACGAGUUGUCGAUCAAGAAAGUAGUCGGGGUUUGAUUGUUGAUCAAACUAUUGAGAAGGUGUCAUUUUGUGCACCUGAUCGCAGUAAUGAAAAAGGAUUUGCUUAUAUUUGUCGAGAUGGAACAUCAAGACGAUGGAUGUGUCAUGGGUUUAAUGCUACUAAAGAAUCGGGUGAAAGAUUGAGCCAUGCUGUCGGAUGUGCUUUUGCUAUUUGUUUGGAGCGUAAAAAGAAGCGUGAUAUGGAGGCUGCUGCGGCAGUACAAGCUGCUGCAGGUUUAUCAUCUCCUGGCAGCGGAAAGCGAAGCAGUGUGGGAUUCACGUUAAAUGGAAUUGUCCAACAAGCAGCUCUUUCGAACACUUCAUUUGAGCGAAAUACCAGUAAUAAUUCUUUCCGUCGAUUAUCAAUUACUGAACGGCUCCAAGAUCCUCAGACUGCUAUUAUACAGCAACCACCAUCUGUUGCAACAAAUCUCGCAUCUGAAUUACAGAUUACGCCAAAGCCACGGCCGAUUGGAAAUCCAUUGCUUUUUGAAAGACAGGGAUCAUUGCGUGCUCCCACGUCACUCAGCACUUCUUCGUUUCGUAGACAGUUUUCACUUCGAUCUUGUUCAGAUUCUCCGAUAAAAAGACAACAGACGCUGUGCGUAACAACCAUGGGCAAGAGUGAACCAAUAUUUGAAGAUGAUGAAGACAAAAAUUGGUUGAAUAGUAACAAACAGAAUCAGGAAGGCUAUUUUGAAAGUGCACCUUAUAACCCUGUGAAGUACAGUGGAAUUAGGCAGUCGUUAUCAUAUACGGCUGUGCCAUCCACAAACACCGUUGAUUCAAGUAACACUCGCGUUUGCAAAUCGGUCAAUUCUCCAUUGCAAGUUUUAAGAAACUGGAAAUCAAAUAUGAAUAAAUCCGAAUCUUGGUUGAGCAACCCAAUUUCGAUGUGCCCAUCAACAGCAAAAUCAAAAGCAGAUGAGUGGUUAGAGCAGACUUUGCGUUCAUCAUUAUCGUUGAGUUCACCGUAUAAAAACAUUUGUGAAAUAGAGAAGAUUAAUCCUGUGAUUGAUAAAGAUGUAUCAAAUCAUCCGUUUCUGUCAAUACCAGCCUCAUCAUCUUAUCCUACUGUUACUCAAAGUGAAAAACAAACAACUGUGCAUUUUAAUAGCGAUUUUUCACACUAUCAACUUUCACCAAUAACUGAAAACUCAGUGUCUUUCAGCAAGGUUGAAUCUGAUUUGAAGACAAAAACCGUUCUACCAUCGACGCUGACUGUAAAUUCGGAUGUGGACGUUUUUGGGCAGCCAGUAUUCAGCCCUUCGUUUGCCAAUCCUCAUUUACAAGUUAAAUCCGGUGAAACUGUAAAUAAUGAAAGAACUGAAAACGAAGAAAGUGAUCCAUUUGAUGUGAGAUGGUCUCAAAUAGCAGUAGAUACUGCAGCAUCAUACCAUCCAGCUUCUUUUCGUUCAACGAAUCCUUUUUAUUCAGAAUCAAGUGCUGUGAAAAUUUGA